UGAUUCCUAUACGUAGUCUGUGGGUGGACUGCAAGUUGUCAACAAAGCCAUUAUAGUUAUUUGCAAUCCGUAGGACGCCAAAAAAGCAAUUUUAUGUGAUAUUUGUAAAUGAUUAAUACUUGAUAACGUUAAGAUGCAAUCAAAGACUGACUAUACGUUACCAGCUCUCAAGUUUAUUACAAGUGAAUCGGAGCACGUUUGUAGGUUAUGUUUUUCUAGUACAGACGAACAAGAAGUAUCUUUGGAAGACAACGUUAGGCUUCAAAGACCUUAUUUUGAUGAAAAUGUCACAUUUAUGGAUAUGUUUAGUGAUCUAAGUGUCCAGACAGAGCCUUUUCUGCCUCAAGUGUUGUGCAUGGACUGUGCUACAAUGACAAUCAAUUCAUACCUUUUUCAAAAAUUGUGUAACAACUCCAAUGAAAACUGGCACAUAGCUUUAACAAAACUCAGUAAAAGUCUUGACCAGUCACUUACAAUAGGACCUAGUGUACAGACAGCAUAUUUGAUGAUAAAAGAUGAUGAAAAUCAGAUAUUUACUAGUCGAAAACGGCAUACAAUCCGAAGUAAAAAGACUGCACUAAAUAAAGUUAAAGAGGUUCUGAAGGCCAAACAGCCCUGCCAUCAAGUGAAGCGAAGAAAGUCCAAUGUUAUAUGUGAAGAGUGCGGAGAACGGUUCAACUCAAAUUGUCACCUAGUCAAGCAUAUGAAAGUACACAGCAAUGCUAAGUACCCUUGCCUUGAGUGCCCCAAAGUAUUUGCUACGCAACUACAAGUAGAAGAUCAUGCUGAAAGAGUGCACUAUCCUAAAAAGCUGCAGUGUCCAAAAUGUCCCAAAAUGUUUAGUACAGAAAAAAUGCUAAGUUACCACGAUAAAUUGCACCACGUCGCCGCGGUAUGUAAAUUAUGCUUAGCACAGUUUCCGUCCAAAAAAGACUUAAGAGCUCACUUAGAUAAACAUGAUCUCAACAAAUGUCCGCGCUGUAGUAAAUCAUUUUUGAACAAACACACCUUCAAGUUCCAUCUCAAAAUUUGCGGCAAUGCUGAGGAACGCCAACCCAGUUUCUUUUGUGAUAUUUGCCACAAAGGUUACGCCAGGAAGAAUGGUUUGCGCACCCAUUUGAAGACGGAUCACGGCUUCGGGAAGGUUUUGUCUUGCAAUUGGUGCGGAAAGAAGUUUGAUGCAAUAAGUCGACUGAACAAUCACAUAGUAAAACAUACAAAAGAGAAAAACUUCCAUUGCGACCAAUGUGGCGGAAAAUUCGUGACACAAGCGGCGUUAGUUUAUCAUACGAGGCUGCACACUGGCGAGCGACCUUUUCCUUGUGACUUGUGCAACGAAAGUUUCCUCUCAGCAUCUAGAAGGAUGGAACAUAAAAGACGGAAACAUUUCGGUCCCACAAAAGAGUGUCAUGUUUGCCAUAUGAAGUUCGUCACUGGGCACCAAUUACGAAAACAUGUACAGAGACAUUAUAAUCCCCAAAGCAAAUUGUUUGUGCCUGAGGGUAGAAUACAAUUUGAUUUUAUGUACUGAGCUGUGAUUAGAUGGGGACUUUCUUGUAUUGAAUUACAUUUUGCAAGCAUGUCUCAGUUUUAAUUGCAUUGUUAAGGCCGGGGCCUCAUUAACGACACGUGGAGCGAAAAUAGUUUUGCUUGUCAGACUGCAGUGCGGCUACCGACACGUCUGUAUUUUAAUAUGGGGUUUCUUUUUACGAAAUCGCCGAAGCGUCACAUUUGCCUCAUCGAUGUGGCUCCUGCCUUAAAGAUCUGACCACUUAGAUCAAAUGCUUGUGGUUGAAUUACUGUCUUAAAUCAUAAUCAUUUAACAAAAUUGUUGACUUGAGCUGUUUUUAUAGUUGAUUAUUCUAACAAUAAAGUUAUUUACUAUAUUCGAUGAUCCAACUUACAAAUGUCAAAAAACAUAGUAAUGUAAUUAUUAAAUGAUGUAAUGGUUUACUCACGCGUAUUUAUCGGGGUAGCCCGACUAGUUUCGGACCCAA